CGAAAAAGCCAGACCUGAGCAAUUCACAAAACCCUUAGCACAUUGUUCACGACAAGUGCUCUCUGUACAUGGGCGUAAUGGUUAGUAACAAGACAAUGUGCGGUGACGCGACUCCCAUAAAGUCGGGAAGGUUUUCACACCCAGUGCCCCUUACCUCUCCUUGGACCAAAGUCUCGGUUCACCUAUAUCGUGGUCCACUCUUGGAGGAGGAAAGAAAAGGGGACUCAUUCAAACUACACAACCAUGUCCGCACCCAACCGCACCUCCACCUCCUUAGCCAUCCCCAAACCCAGCCCUACUCGUAAAACCCAGUCCCCCUCCCCUCGCCGCGCCACCAAGCUCCAGAAGAAGCGAUACUACAGCCACGCGCUAUCUGACGCAGACAGAAGGGCCCUCGCCGCCGGCGUGGAAAAUCACAGCCAAAAGCACUGGUCAGAGGAGGAUAUCAAGCGCUUUCAACAGGAUCGCCUAGGUCUAAUUCCAACAGAUCGCAAGGAACCACAUGAGCAUGAGAGCGAGGAUGUCGAGCAGCAGGCUGCUCGGAAGGAUACGGUGUGCUCGUCCAGGUGGUUGCGUUGCCGGAAUCGGUCGAUGCCGCUCACGCAGGGUAUGAGCGCUGAUGAUAUACAGAGCAGGGGCUUCGCACAGAACUCUGGUGCUGCUAGCACGUUGGUACUGCCGCUGGUGAUGACUCCACGGGCUUCGAUGUCGCUCGAAUCUUCUUCCGGAGAAACUCUCCCUGGUCAGGCUUCCGCAGCGGCUACCACGAUGAGCUCUCAGCCCUUAUGCCGCCGCCGCCGCUUCUCUUUCGAGUCCGAUUAUGACGAGUUGGUUGAUGGUGAGGAGGCAUGGGCGAAGCUGCGAGCUAAUCCUGUUGAGGUUGUAGAAGAGCCUUUCGACGGUCCUUCAAGCCUCAGCGCUACCUGCUUUUGACAGGUUCCUGACUCCACGCAAGACUGGCAAGGGUGAGGCAUAUUGCGUACGUCGAAUGCUCUUCUUGACUGGUGAGUCUCCUACUGUAAGGAAGCAUAGGCGCAUAUCUCAAUCUCUCUACCCUACGGUACGCGAUGCCCAGCUUUUCGAUUUCAAACUCGACGGUUCGCUCUCUUAGGAGCAGUGAGGACCACAUUUCUCCGAGCUCGUAAAGGUAAGGGUCUGAUCUCCUUUGUCAAAUAUUUGAUAUUUCUCAUCUCCCCUUUGUCCGUCAACCACCCCACUGCGGACUUGUAAAUGCCGACUGUUGGGUGUAUGGCCGGUUCAUUGCAGGUGCAACUCCAUCUCUUACAAAAGCUGCAUAUCAGAUAUCUCGCCAUUCUCCUCUUGUGAGGAGACAAAUAAUAGUGAGAAAAUCCAAAUAUCAAAGGCUCUGG